AUGACGCAUCCUUCAGCCCCUGACAGCAGCAGCAGCAGCAGCUGCAGCAGCAGCAGCAGCAAAACGAUAGGGGAUAAGUAUAAUUUCUCUUGGCAGCAAACAAUGUUAAGAAUUAAAGACCCAAAGAUCUCAGUGCCAUUUUAUGAAAAACACUUUGGAAUGAAAUUGAUUCAUUUCUAUCAUUUUAAUGAUGCAAAGUUUUCGCUAUAUUUCUUAGAAAGACCGCAUGAAAACGCAGUGCUUCCAGCUGCCGGUACACCUGAAUCAGAGAAAUAUCUCUGGAAUAUGAAGGGGGUUUGUUUGGAGUUAACGCACAACCAUGGAAGCGAAGACGACGCAAACUUUUGCAUAAAUAACGGGAAUGAAGAGCCGCACAGAGGCUUCGGGCACAUUGCAUUUAAUUGUGAUGAUGUUGUGAAAGCAUCAGAAGAUCUUGAGAAGGAAGGUGUAGCAUUUCAAAAGAAGCCUCAUGAAGGAAAGAUGAAGACAAUUGCAUUUGCAAAGGACCCUGAUGGCUACUGGAUUGAGCUGUGUAAUCGCAGUAAAAAUGCAGAAAUAAAGGAGAAAUUCAACCUCUCUCAAACUAUGAUUAGAGUUAAAGACCCUCAAAAGUCGCUGGCUUUCUAUCGCGAUCUCCUUGGAAUGAAACUUGUCAUGAAAAAAAUACAUGACAGUUUCACUGUCUACUUCUUAACGCACUUAGAACCCGGUGCUCAGCCUCCAGAAAACAUCGAAAGCGAUGAAGCACGAGAGUUCGUGAAGCAGCGUUGGGCUCCGUUAUUAGAGUUAACGCACAACCACGGGACAGAAAAAGACGAAAAUUUCAAAUAUCACAACGGCAAUGAUCAGCCCCAGGGCUUCGGCCACAUUGGCAUGCUCUGCGAUAACUUAGAGAAAGCAUGCGAAGACCUUGAAGCUGCAGGCGUCAAAUUCAGGAAGAGACCCCAGGAUGGAAAGAUGAGAGGACUUGCCUUUGUUCUGGAUCCCGAUGGAUACAGCGUUGAGUUAAUUAACAGAGGAGUUACGUUUUAA